GAUUAAAAGGAGGGUCAUUUGCAGAGAGUUGAGGGCAGAGAAUCCAGGUCUGAGCUGGGAGCAUGUCUAUGGAGAGAUUCCACAUGAAGGAUUUAAUAUUUGGAGUGUUUUCUUCUAGGCCUUUGGAAAAAGUUAUAUUUCAUACUUUAAGUUUAUCCCCUUCUAUACUGUGUUUCUAUUUAAUUAUCCUAACUGUUAAAAAAUAGUCAUAUAUAUUGGAGGUGGUGUGGGGAUUAAAAGGCUAGGAAAGUAUGGAAUAAAGGCUGGCCUUCCCUCUCCUCCAGCAUCCAAUAAAGGGAGCUGCUUUCUGGAGAUUCUAGCAAGAUGAAUGCAGACUCUUGAUAGAGUAGUUACCAACAAGGAAACACAGAGAGCAUGGAGAAGCAGCUUCAGAAGGCAUGGGGUUUAAACUUCACCUUCUCCACCAUGCUAGAGGAAGCUGAUUCUUGAAGGUAGGGAGGCUGAUACGUGAGUUUUGUGUCUAUAUUCUUAGAAUGUGGUACUAACAAGUUGCCUAUCAGUCAAAAAUGAUAAGAUGAAUGCAACCUAAGUCUUUGUUCAGGUUGUUUGGUCAAAAGUCAUUACAUUUGCGUGUGGAAGCACACAAAUUGUAUUUUUUACUGGUGAAGAACACAGUUUUCAAGAAAGACUUCUCUAAUUGCUUGGUUCCUCUUUUUUUUUCCUUCCUGUUUCCACAACCCUUUGGUUUCCCACUUUUAUUACAUUUGCUUGCAUUUGUUUCAAGGCUGUGAUUCUCACUACACUGGUCCUGAGGAAAGGGCCUCUGUGAACUGAGGUUUUUGGUUUUUAUUGUGAUCCUUAGUUCUCAAGAGACCCUUCUUGAAGAUAUGUGCCUAUCUGGUGCCUCUGCUCUCCUCUAGGUGAGUGAAAGGAAGGAGGUAAUCUACCACCAUGUUUGGUUCUCAUUUAUACGAUGUUUUAAGAAAGAUUUGAAACAAAUAUUUUGAAGAAAGCAGAAGGUCUCUUCCCAUUAUGACUUCGGAAAUCACUUAUGCUGAAGUGAGGUUCCAAAAUGAAUCCAAGUUCUCAGGCAUCGACUCAGCCUCUUCUGCAGCUUCCAAGGAAAGGACUGCCCCUCACAAAAGUAAUACCGGGUUUUCCAAGCUGCUUUGUGCCUCAUUGAUGAUAUUUUUCCUGCUAUUGGCAAUCUCAUUCUUUAUUGCUUUUUUCAUUUUCUUUCAAAAAUAUUCUCAGCUUCUUGAAAAAAUGACUACGAAAGACCUGGUUCAUACAACAUUGGAGUGUGUGAAAAAAAAUAUGACCACGGAAGAGACAGCCUGGAGCUGUUGCCCAAAGAAUUGGAAGCCGUUUAGUUUCAACUGCUACUUUAUUUCUACUGAAUCAGCAUCUUGGCAAAAGAGUGAGAAGGACUGCGCUAGAAUGGAGGCUCACCUGCUGGUGAUAAACACUCGAGAAGAGCAGGAUUUCAUCUUCCAGAAUCUGCAAGAAGAAUCUGCUUAUUUUGUGGGGCUCUCAGAUCCAGAAGGUCAGCGACAUUGGCAAUGGGUAGAUCAGACACCAUACAAUGAAAGUUCCACAUUCUGGCAUCCACUUGAGCCCAGUGAUCCCAAUGAGCGCUGUGUUGUGCUAAAUUUUCGUAAAACACCCAAAAGAUGGGGCUGGAAUGAUGUUCAUUGUGUUGUUCAUCAAAGGUCAGUUUGUGAGAUGACGAAGAUCCACUUAUGAAUUGAACAUUCUCCAUUAACAAGUGGUUGGAUUGGCAUCUGUCAUUGUAGGGAUAGAUAACAAGCUCUUCUUAUUUAUGUGUAAAGGAGGUCUAUAUAAUUUAGGUGGUCUGUCAACUAUUCUACUUAUGAGAGAAUCGGUCUGUACAUUGAUUGAUUCACUUUUUCGUAAAGUGAGCAUUUAUUCAUGUGCCAAAGCCUGUACUGAAGACCCCUACUGUGCACACAUGGAGAGAACAUGAGUCUCUCUUAAUUUUUGUCUGGUUGCUAAAGAAUUAUUUACCAAUAAAAUUAUAUGAUGUGGUUUC